AGGAAGGAAACAGAGGGAGGUUCUGUUGCGGGGGGUGGCCGUGGGAUAUUUGUUGUGGGUGCUGGUCACGGUGGAAUAUGCCUUCGCCAGGGGCAUGAACACGGCCGCGUGGCUGGUGGCGUGUUACAGGCUGCUUACAGGGGGUAGCGUUGGACGUGCCGCGCUGAGGGACGUGCUGGAGAGGAACUGGGUUUAUCUGCCGCUUGUUGUUUGGCAGUUGAAAUAUUACUUGACCAACGGGGUCGGUCCGCUGCUUUGGCGGAGUGUAAGGUGUGCGGUUCAGGGGCGGCCGGCGCUGCUGUUGGCCGUAACGGGCGUUGUGGGAGGCGUCAGAAUGCUGCUGAAGCACCGCAGCACGUUCUACAUUGCGCUAGAGGUCAGUGGUAUGUUUGUUUUCAUUGGAUAUCUGUUGGUCGCUUCUGUUGUCUCGGGGUUGGGGCUCCUUGGUCACCCGCCGCCCGAGUCGGCGGCCCUGGCGCCUGCUGGAGUACGGGAGACCAACGCAAGUGAUGCCCGAGAUUUAGGAGACGCAGAGACAACGAUUACGGGAAAAAGAGGGAUGUCAAAGAUCACGAGCACAUCAGAACCAAAGAAUUGGUCCAGUGAAAAGCGAGUUUACCGGAAGAGGGUUGUUAUCAUGGGAAAGGCAUGAAAAUAGAAAUACGUUUAGCAUCUUUACAUGUACGAGUCUCGAGUUUCGUUUGCUACUAACUAAUUACAAGACCGG